AGAAAAAAUAGGCUUUGUAAUAAAAGCCUAUUUCUAAGGUUUCCAAUUGAAAUAUUUUGUUAAAUAUUCUCUGUGAAAUCGAACAUUUUGUUGCCAAACACAGAGAUAGGUAUCCACAUAAACUUUUAUAAGACCGACAUGGGCCUAGUACCGAGCCGCCCAUUUCUAAGUCACGAGGAACUGUUCCGCUUUCGGCUGUCCAGUGGCCUGUCCACAAAGCAGCUAAAUAGCCUCUACACGCGCUUUUGCGAACUGGAUCGCUUUGAGGAUGGUUAUCUGACGCCAUCUGAUCUGCUACGCAUCCCCCAGUUGGCCCUGAAUCCCAUGUACCGCCAGGUUGUGGACUGUUUCUUUGACAAUCCUGGACAGGAUGCCCGCCUGGGCUUCGACAAGUUCGUGGAGAUCUUUGCCAUCAUCCUGAGGCCAGAGUCGGGUCCCUUUGGUGGCGCUAAACCUGGUCGCUCUGAGAAGCUGCGGUUUCUAACCCAAAUGUUUGACUCCAGUCAUAGUGGCUGCAUUAAGCGCCUUGAUUUUCGAAGGACCAUGAGCUAUUUGUUUAAGCAACAGGGGCUAGAGGACGAGGUGGCAGUGGAGUUGAUGAUGCUAGAGCAUCAGGCCUUCGGAAGCAACACACGCGAUAGGAUAUCAUACGAAGAGUUCGAGCAGCGACUUCUGGCCGCAGAUAUAGAUCUCACGAGCGACAAGUGGUCAUGGAAAUACUAUAAAGAUGAGUGUAAGAAUGAAGAAGAGAUUGAAGACAUUCCAUUGGGAUCACGGGACAGUAUCAUGAAAAAGCUAUCAACCACGAUCUCCAACUAUUUCUUGUCUAUUCGGGAUAUUUUUUAUCAGUAGCAGGAAUAAAUAAGGAGUUUCCU